AUGUUAGUCGUCGGCCUUUAGUAGUUAUAUUGCUGGGAUUGCAAAUCACAAACCCAGAAGCAAGGAAAAACAGUGGAGGAAAACAGAAUAUGGGGGAAGCUCUUCUAACGACUUUAUCGAUGGAAAAUUAUCACCCAUCCACACUACUUUCGAUGGAUUCAGGUUCUCUUGCACAUGAUGAGUUGGAGAGGGAGAUGAAUCGGUCUGUCAUUCUUUCACGGCCUCCUGAUAUCAAUCUCCCGUUGUCGUCUGAGCCUAGUCCACCUCCUCCCCUUACCUGGAAUGAUCCGUGUGACAUCUUGGAUGUAGGCCUUGGCCCUCAGAUUUAUGAGGCUGAGACAAUUGUCAGUAUUCCAAAAGUUGCGAAGAAAUGCACAAAGCGUCUCGAUAGCAUUUGGGGUGCCUGGUUCUUCUUUAGCUUCUAUUUCAAGCCUGUGUUGAAUGAGAAGUCGAAAUGCAAAAUAAAUAGGGAUAGUAAUGGUGUUUCUGGGUUUGAGAAAUCAGAUUUGCAGCUUGAUGCGUUUUUGGUUCAGCAUGACAUGGAGAACAUGUACAUGUGGGUUUUCAAGGAAAGGCCUGAAAAUGCCUUGGGUAAAAUGCAACUGAGGAGCUACAUGAAUGGCCAUUCUCGCCAAGGGGAGCCCCCUUUCCAUUCAGUGUUGAUAGGGGCUUUGAUGCAGCGGAAGCAUUAUAGGGGUCUCUCCAACCCUCAGUGCGUUCAUGGCAUUGAAAUUGUUCGAUCACCCAAUCUCAUGAAUCUUGAUGAUGAAGAGCGGAAGAGGUGGGUGGAGCUUACAGGCCGAGACAUCAAUUUCUGCAUUCCUCAAGAGGCAAGUGAUUUUGGUUCAUGGAGGAACCUUCCAAGCACCGAAUUUGAGCUUGAGCGGGCCCCUCCAUUAAAGAGUAAUGGAAAUGCCCACCCAAGAAAGUUGCUUAAUGGUACUGGUUUGAAUCUCUCUACUCAGUCCACGGACCAUAGCAAUGGUGAAGGCGUCGACAUGUCUCCUAUUAGCAACAAGCGGAAGCAUGGCAGUGAAGAUGAAUUUUUGCAUUCAGUUGAUAUGAAUAUCCAUCCGGUUGAGCCAACAUGGUUAAAUGAGUUCAGUGGGGUAAUGAAGAAUGUAUAUGGGCCUGUUACAGCAGCGAAAACAAUAUACGAGGAUGAUAAAGCUUUUUUAGUCAUUGUCAGCUUGCCUUUUGCAGAUCUCCAAAGGGUGAAAGUUACUUGGAGGAAUACUAAAUCGCAUGGUAUUGUUAAGAUAUCUUGUAUAAGUACAGCAGGCAUGCCAUAUAUUAAGCGGCAUGAUAGGACAUUUAAGCUAACAGAUCCAACACCAGAGCACUGCCCUCCAGGGGAAUUCAUUAGGGAAAUUCCCCUCCCAAAUCUCAUUCCAGAAGAUGCGAAGCUGGAAGCAUACCGUGAUGAGACAGGAACAGUGCUUGAAAUUAUUGUGCCCAAGCAUCGUGUAGGACCAGAAGAACAUGAGGUUCGUGUAUGCCUUCGCCCCUCUCCAUGGAGUGAAUGA